CCUCCUGAUCAUAUAUUCAUACAACACCCUAUAAAUAUUGUUCACCUUGUGCUGCUGAUCAUUUUAUCUCAGGAGCAUAGUUUCUUGACACUCCUCCUUAGUCCGUAGCAUUUCCAUGGCGGAAUAUGGUGGCAACCCUUUCUUUAGCUGCAGGAACUGCAAAAACCCUCUGGCUCUGCGUGAAGAUCUUCUGUCGAAAAAAUUUGUGGCAAAAUCUGGGGCAGCGUAUAUGUUCUCUCAUGCAAUGAACGUCAUUGUGGGACAAAAGGAGGACAGGAAGAUGAUUACUGGUGUUUUUUCUGUUGCUGACAUAUAUUGCAGCAACUGUGGUCAAGAGUUAGGAUGGAAGUAUAUUCGAGCUUAUGAUCCGGGACAGAUGUUCAAGGAAGGAAGGUUAUUAAUCGAGAGAGCAAAGAUCGUCAAGAUGUACUAGCAGUGUUGCAUCAGAGAUCGAUGCCUUGUUCAACAUAUACUAUCCUCAAUAGUAGUAACUUCAUUACCAUUUCCCAUUUGAAAGUUCACUGUCACUUUGAAAAUAUUGUAUCUGC